GACACCAUGUCUAGGGUGCGGUGUAUUGUAUGUAUCAGGGGAUGCAAUGAAUUAGUAGGACAGAGAUCUUUGGUUUGGGUGGAUCUUCUCUCUUACCCAUCAUCUGUCUUGGUUAGAACUUUUGAAUUACAGAUCAGAAGGAUAAAAAAAAAAUAAUUCAGAGCACAUUCGUUGUAUGGCUUGCAGAAUGGUGGCACACUACAUCAUUUUACUAAAGCGCCAUGGAAGUGUCAGAGUACAGUCCGCACCGCCAUUCCCUCCUAGAUGCCAUCCACCGUUUCAACACUGCCACGACCAUCAUGGAUGAGACAAUCAUGGUUCCCAGUAUGCUACAGGACAUUACCCCAGCCAAAGAAGAACAGGAAGAGCCCAUCAAACCUAAGGAUCUCCUUGGCCAGAACAAUAAUCUCUAUGAUUCCUAUCUCCUUCUGAAGUCUCUGAGAAACGACAUGAAAUGGGGAGUGCAUCAUGAAAAUGGAAAAACGGACGAUCGCUGCCCUGACAAGGAAGCUCCCGAGGAAGAGACUGGUGAUCUAGUGGACCAAUUUCAGCAUCAUUUAAGAGGGCUCUUGUCUGUCCUAACAAAGCUGACCAAAAAAGCCAAUCUGCUAACCAACUGUUACAAGAAGGAGGUUGAGACUGGGAAUUCACAUGCCCGACCAUUUUCUAGCAACCAUUAUUACUGAGAAUUAAACUACAUUUGCUCCAUU